GAAAUGGUUGCAGGGCCUCUAAGAAAGUGUGUUUUUAAGAACGUCACAGGUAUUGACCGACCGUGAACAUAGACACACAAACACUGAAGUGGGAGAAAUAAGAGCUUUUUUGGGGGAGGUGUGUGUGUGUGUUCGACACGUCAUUAUAAUAUUUCGUCCACUGUGCUCAUCAAUUUGAUUGAUUCUUUAAUUUGAUUCUGGAUUCUGACGACUGCCAAUUUUAGUUUUUACUAAUAAAAAAAAACUAGCAGUGUCAAACAUUACUUGAUAUUGUGAUGUGAAUGUUUGUAUUCAUAUCCAUAUAAGAAAAUAUAAGAAAAAUGAAAUCACUAAAGCUUUUGAGGUGUAAUAAUUAAUAACAGUAUAUAAUUGUUUUAACUGAGGAUUUUGUGCUGAUAAACUUCCAUAGAUAUUGGAUAUGUACAAAUGAUACUUAGAUGUGAGAUUUCUAAAGGAUAACAGAAGACAGAUAUAUGUGUGAAAACUUUUCUGUAAAGUGUCUAUGAUGGGUCGGUCAUUCUCACCCAAAACUGUUGUCAACUAUGCUGCGCUGGGUUUCUUGGUUUUACUGGGUUACAAAAUAUUUCUAAGUGGCAAUGGCAAAGACACUAAAGAUCCUUUCAGAGACACAAAACUUUCACAUCCCAAGAACAUUCACGGGAGAUCAGAUCACGAAGAUGGUGCGGUACUUCCUGGAGCCGAACACUUGGAACAGAAAGCUGAUGUUGAUAAAGAAAUCGAUGUUGGAGACAUCCCUAAAGAUCUAGAGAAAAAAUCAGGGGAAGAUAAGCUUCAGGAAAAAGAAAAAGAAUUUAUUCAGAAAGACUUACAGAAAACAGAAAAACCUCAACAGAAGCCAAAAAAAGAAUUUUUCGAAGAUGGCGUGGACUGGGAGCUGGAGAAGGAGAUGGCGAAAAAAAGAUCCGAGUUUUUUAAAGCUGUGAGGGCCAGGGAACAGCCGAUCGAGGAACACGAAUUCAAGAACAUGCACGAGUCUGAUGACCAUUUCGCCUUCGUGACAGCAGCCUCUCACUCCACGUACCUCGCUGUCCUUCAGUUUGUCUACUCUGUCCAGUAUUUCUACCCCGAGAGUAAGAUAGCCAUUUACGACAUUGGCUUAACAUCAGACGAGAGGCAAUUCAUUGACUCUCUGUGUGGAGCCGAAGUGGUCAGUAUGUGGCUGCAUGUCUGGCCAGAAAGCCUGUAUAAAAACAGACACAUCGUCUGGAGACCCUUGUUGCUGCAGUUCGCCACGGCAAAGUUCGGACAUUUCAUCUACGUAGAACCUGGGAGGUUCAUCUACAAGCAGUCCAUCAAAGAGUACAUUCAACACAGCAGGAUGCAUGGCUUGACCAUAGGAGGGAAGCAGUUAAAGUACAGCAGUUUUGUGGUUACUAGUCCGCACAUGUACUCAUUUUUAGGAACAGACGAGAAGAAACUCAAGAAAGUCCCCCACUUUGACUUCACCCUGAUAGUCAUGCACAGCACCAAAAGGGUGAACAACUUCUUCAUGCGCUACCUCGUUUCCUGCACCCUGGAGGAGUACUGCAUCGCCCCACCCGGGGCACAGUCCAAGUGUGACCUCCACCUGGGCAACAAGCGGUAUGGCAACUGCCACCGGUACGACGAGUCCGCCAUCAACCUGAUCCUCAACAAGUGGCACGACUACAAGCCCAAGGAGUACCUGAUGAAAGACGUCAUCACCAAGUACCACGAUGGCAAGGACAUGUCAAAGAAGGUCAAGGUCUGCAACGCGAGUGAAAAAGUAGAAAUUUAAUAACUGUUUUUGUUUCGUGUAUGGUUCGUCUCUUCCGAUACAUUUAUAUUCCUUAUUUUAUAUAUGACUGUACAUAUUAAGAAAUUUUAUGCUGAUAUUGUGAGAAAUAGAUUUGACUGAAUAUGA